ACGUGGGAUUAUUAAAGGCGCGCAGCUCAGCGUUCUGUCAUUCUGGUUUGUUGUGGCGUAAGUUGCGUACGUAGAAUUCGAGACGAUUUUGAUGUGAAGUUACUCCUGUCGUGGAAGUUUGAUUUAUGCUGAAGUUUUUCUAUUGUGCCAUCCAUAUGGUUUAGUGUGCGGAGGUUAAUGUGUGUGUGAGUGUGUGAGUGUUACAGGGAUGAUCCACGAAUGAUCAUUUUACUUGCAGUGUUUUUUUGUUGGUUAAUUCAAUGGUUAUAAACCCAAAGUGAAGUGUGAAUAGUAAAAAAAGUGAGAAAGAAACGGCGUACGGUGUAAGGGCAGAGGCCUGCUCGAGGAACACCCGUAUCGAAUCAUCCUGCAAUCAAACUUGACAGUAAUGCAGCUCAACAAUAUGCCCAACCAUCAGUCAAGUGCCGGUGGUACCGAACAGCAGCAUCAUCUACUGGUGGAUGCGCCCGCAAUACGGCUUGUGUCCGGUACGGGCCCCGUCUCGAUCAUCCGGAUUCGGGACUUUUUUCAUUCGCAGGCUGAACCGAUGGUCGAAGCAGAAUCGAACGGAUCCGUGACCAACAACAACAACAACAACUACGAAUAUUACAAACCAUCAACGACGAACGGGUUGGAACCGAUCAGUGCUGCCAACGAACCGGGCAGUGAUAGUGACAACCACAAGCAAGCCAAAAUCAAGCUGGAAACAAGCGACGGUGAAGCAACGGAAGGCUACAACGCCGUUCGGGCAGAUUCGUGUGAAACUGGUUCGAGCUAUGGGAAUCAGGACUCGCAGUCACCACCGCUACCGCCACCGCCGAUGCCCCACACACCAAUACACGCGUUAAACAACGGAAAGGAAGGGCAGGACGAGGAGGAAGAGGACGACGACGAAGAGGACGAGGAUACGCGAAUUUCUAUGAUGGAGGAGCCCGGGGACGAAAGCAACGAUACGGGCGGACCGGUCGAGGUGGAUGAUUCCGAGCAGGACGAUAAUCGGCUCGCCCCACAGGAUCAGGAGAAAAUGACGCAGGCUGUCAAGAAGGUGUUUACCGAAUACAAAUGGACACCACCGGUCGCACCGAUCAGGUCAACGAGUACAAAAAAGAAGCAACACAUCAAACGUCCGAUGAACGCAUUCAUGGUGUGGGCACAGGCCGCCCGUCGCGAGAUGGCCCAACAGCAACCGAGACUGCAAAAUUCGGAAAUCAGCAAGGAUUUGGGUAAAAUUUGGAAAAGCCUAACGGAUGAGGACAAGCAGCCUUUCGUGGAGCAAGCGGAAAAGCUACGGUUGGCCCAUAAAAGUCAACAUCCGUACUACAAGUAUCAGCCGCGGCGCAAGAAGUCGAAACGUUGCGUUGGAGCCGGUGCCAAGUCUGGCAAGUGCUGUGAAGAUCACUAUGCGGAACUGAACGAGUUGGCGAGCCCAUCGUCCAUGGACGACAUUCCAUCGUCCGGCGAAUCUGGGCAGAUAAACAAUUCGUAUGCACAACCGGCUGGGCAACGUCCAUCGACGAGUGGGUUGUCGCGAACCCACAAGCAAUCGUCGUCUAAGGUAUCGUCCAGAGGUCGCUCGACUCUCCGUUCGGCUGGAGGCGAUGCAAAUGUGUUGACCAGCACACCGUCAACCACCGCGAACUACGAGAUGGAGCUUCCGCAUGAGGGUGUGACGGACUAUGGAGCGAGCAGUGCCACUACCCCGUACGAAGCACCACUCUCUGUGGAGUUAUAUUCCACCGGUGUUGAUGGAGGAGAACCCGCCGGGAACAGUCUCACUUCAGCCGACUGUCAUUUCAUGGAUGACGGCCAACCACAGAACAUGGAGGUAGUAGAUGCACCACAGCAGACGAUCACCACAGUCACAGAAUCGUCAGUCUCGACGCAACUCCAUAGCCAAAACUCACCGUACGGAGGUCGUGAUUGGACAUCGGCUAUCAGUAUCACGAACGUGGUCGGCAACGAAACGCGUGGCCCAUCAUCGAUGGACAGUGCGUCGACUUCGUACGGACUUCAUGGUAAUAGAAACGUAUCUUCGGGCUGUAUGCCGCCUCCGAGCUCACACGUCCUCUCGGGAUAUUCCUACUCCACCUAUGCCGCAUCCUAUAUGCCGAACGCAACGGAGUACCAUAGUGCACAGACACACUUCCAGCCUGGAGGUGUUCCGGCUGGCUUUGGUGAAACGGGCCUUGCCUGCUAUAGCCACCAACCAUCGACACAUCGAUUCACAGCGCAACAGCAAUCUCGGGACAUCAACGAUGGGACAUUCCCGCAAUACGUCCAAACGCUACAUCAGCCGCAGCAGCAGCAGCAGCAAUCGACAUCCCCCUCAAUCGAGCAAGGUACUAGCACGAAGCAGCAGAGCAGUGAGACGCCCGACCUGGAAGAGGUAAAACAUAUCCUACCAGUUCGCAUACCCUCAAUCACUCUUCACCAUGCUACUCCACAGCAUGACGUCAGCGCUAUUGCCACUACCGCCGAGAUCAACCUCGCGGACAGGGCACGCGGUACGGCACCCAUCCUGAUGCCAACGCUCGCCUACGUAGGCGGAGGUCCUGAAGGUGCCGGUUAUGGUCGCCAUGGUUCGGAGGAGCGCCCAUCGCCCGGGGGCCUAACGAUGAUACGAUCCCCGGAUGUACAGCUGCACGGCUCACAUCAGCAAAACCGUCUCACCACAAUUCAUUCGAACAGGAUGCACAACACACCGAACGGUGCUCUGUUUAAUUACCCCUUAGGAGAGCCCAGCGGCGGUCAACAGUAUAUGCAGUCGGCAAUGUCCCAUCUAUCGUACGGUGGACAGCCCAGAAUGGACACAACUAAUGUUCAGCAGCAUCGACAUCCCGUACCACAUCAUCUGCCGCUUCACCAGCUGGACGUGUCGGAGCAGGUGGCACAGCACCACCAAACCUACCAUAACCAGCAGCAGCAACAGGACACCUACCAGUACGGUAGUUCACCGCCGACCGCAACCAUUGUCCAGGGCGGACGCAUCACGACGACCAGUGGAGAAGGACAAUUUUACUGUUCCGGCCAGUAGUAACACAUUCUAUUAGGGUUUAAUCGAUCUCGCUAAUAUGAUGCCAACAGUUGUGGAGCACAGAUUCAAAAGCAAACAAACAUUGUACUGCUGAGACAUAUAUCUCAUGAGGGUUUAGGGUAACCAGGUCGAUAAUGCAAAUGCAAAACGAAACAUAUUUUAGUUGUCCACGUAUACAUGCAUUAAAGAGGAAUUUGCUACGUUAUUGCAUUGAAGAUAAAUAUCGUUUAUAAAGUGAAAAUCUGAUCUAUAAUAGUAAGUUGGUCCUUUUGCAUUAAAAGAUCUAAACCAAUUUUUAAAAAUACGAUUAAACACAUUCAAACGUUAGUACAUACUUUAAUGAGGUUUAUGUAGAAACUCAAGCUAUUAAUAUUGUUUCCAGUAAUAUAAAAAAACCUAUCCAAAAAAAAUCCAAGGCUAGGCUUCAGGGACUACAGCUCAGUUUGUACAAAACGUUCAUCUUGUAUUUGAUUUUUUUAUGGUUCGCAAAAAAAUCUCCCUUUUUGAAUCCUGCUGCAAAAGUUAUCUAUUUCUUUAUACUACAUGCAAAUAAAAAUUUAAUAUGUAUUAUUUUAUAACUGUAUUGAAUUGUAAUGUAAUUGAACUUUAAACUUUAAACUUGAAACUUUAAACAAGAAUUAUUGUUUGCCUCUAAUGUCUCUGGCAUCUAGUUUCAGGCAUUAUUAACUUUAAAAUAUGUCCUUCAACAAUUUUUACUUCAAUCAACAAGAAACUGGCCCUAGCUUUGGACGUUUUGGAUUCCACAAAUGUACGGUAGAGUUCUACGAUCUAAAAUGCAUGGAAGGACACAAAGAAACGUGUGCGUAACACACAUAAAAAAACGCCAUUGGAUUGGAAAUUGUAAAGCAUACAACAUUGUUUGUUUGUUUGUUUUUUUCAUUUUUUACUUCACUUAUUUCUCUUAUAUUUAGCAAAACGAUUUUAUUUUUCCCUUACAAAAAGGCGCAAAAUUCUUUGUUCAGCUAAUCCUAGGAAAUAACACAUCAAACUUCGGCUGUAAAUUACACACACACACACAUUUGUGAGCCGCGUUAGAAGGCAAAAUUACAGAUAAAAGUUAAGUCACUAAAAACCGAUUGUACGGCAAAUUCAGCUUAUGAAAUGGUGGUAAGCGCCUUUGCAAUGAACCAUAAUACCGACACAACUGGAAACUGUCAACAACCAGGACGAAACCGGAAUAUACACUGCGUAAGAAAUAGUUUAUAAAAAAAAAUAAAGCUAUCUUAACACGUGGAA